AUGACGACAUCGACAUCAAUCACGUGGUCUAAAGAAUUCCCACUUCAUUCUUGCGUUGUUUCUUCAAGUCCUCGUCGUCCCACGCAUUUUAGCGAUGCAUUUUUGCGGUCUGCGGACGACACGAAUGACGUUCAAGUUUGCUUCCUGUCGACGGAGAAGAAAGAAAAGGACUACACGGAGGCGACAAUAAAGACCGGAAUGGCUGUCGCUGAAAUCCUGGGUGAAACGGACCGGUACGUGAAUCACGGGUCGAUGAUCAACUUGACGUGCGUCGUGCGAGACUCUCCGAUCCCGCCAGAGUUUGUGUACUGGUACCACGACACCGAGGUGAUUAGCUUCGACUCCAAGCGAGGAGGGGUCAGCAUGAUCACCGACAAGGGCACGACAACGAGCAGUUUCCUCCUGAUCCAGGGAUGUGAAUUAAUGAUCGUGGCUGUCGCUGAAAUCCUGGGUGAAACGGACCGGUACGUGAAUCACGGGUCGAUGAUCAACUUGACGUGCGUCGUGCGAGACUCUCCAAUCCCGCCAGAGUUUGUGUACUGGUACCACGACAGCGAGCUUCGACUCCAAGCGAGGAGGGGUCAGCAUGAUCACCGACAAGGGCACGACAACGAGCAGUUUCCUCCUGAUCCAGGGAACGAUGCUCGUAAUGUGGCCGACUCAUUUUUUUGCAAACAGGUGAUUAGCUUCGACUCCAAGCGAGGAGGGGUCAGCAUGAUCACCGACAAGGGCACGACAACGAGCAGUUUCCUCCUGAUCCAGGGCGCCCACGCCGGCGACGCCGGGAAAUACACCUGCUCGCCGUCCAACUCGGCACCAGUGUCCAUCCGAGUCCACGUGCUUAAUGGUGUGUAUCAGGUUCGUGCGUGGCAGCACCACCAUGCAGUGUAUGCUACUAUGCUGCCUGGUCCUGCUGCUGCUGCUGCUAUACCAGCACCACCAGCUGCUCCGGCUGCUGGCGGAAACCGCGCCGGAAAUUUCCGUCAGCGCUGCCAACGGGUGAUAAAUCAGUGUCCUGUGCAUGAGGCCCGGGUUUUGGAGAGAGCACCAGGCAGCGAUGAAACAGAACGAGGCUGGCGUGAGCGGCAAGCUCCGACGCCAGAGCUGGAUCAUGACCUGGAUCCCGUGUUUCCUCGCCCUGAUGGUCGGCUCCACCAGCAAGAUAGCCAGAUGAAUGGCCUGCUAAUGCGACAGCCACCACCGGCAGAGCGUCACCCCGAAAGCGAGAACACAAAACAACAAGCCCCCAGGACUCCGUGAAAAGCCUCGUCGUCGUCCCCCAUGUUCUUGUUUGUCGAGAGAGAGAGAGAGGAAGAAAGAAAGAUGACGAAAGAGAGAGAGAAAUAAAAGUAUAAAUGAGAGAAUGUAACAGCGAAGAAGAAGCAGAAGAAGUUUUUUCUUCUCCGCUCUUGCUGAGUGUGUAAGUGAGCGAAAAACGAUGAAGGGCGUUUCACGGGUCCGGCUCCGGAGCACAACAGCAGCUACCUACACACUGAAACCCCCGGUGUUUCUCUGCAAAAGAAAAAAGUCAAAAGAGCUGCGCAGAAAAAGUGUUCUCGCCGAGGAAAUCACUGAGAAAAAGAUUCCUGCAGUUUCCAAUUCCGCGACGCGGUUCCCAUUCCCAGCAUACAGUCAAGUGUGCUAUUUGACUCUGUGCGAGAACCUGCAUGCUUGUGUAUACUCACUCGAACUUGGAGAGAAAAGCAGCGAUUUCAGCACCCAGUGAUUACGAGCUACACGCGUGAAAUCUCAAGUGACAAGGGGGCAAAAAUCAGCAGCAGCAGCAGGGGGUGAAUGGACGAGGUAUUUUGCUGAUCAUAUUUUCUUAUAGGCAUUUCCCCGGAUUCCUGGCAUCAUGUUCAGUCGACUGGCUUUCACACCAGAUGACGUGCUUUCCUCUGCGAAUGCAAGGAAAAUGAUCAGUGAAUUACCUCCACGACAAAAAACAAAGUUGUGCUGGUUUCCGUUCUCUUACAUCCCACCCUCGUGUGUCCCGCCUAAAUGGAGCCUCUGCAACGUAAAAGUCCUCGAGAUUGAAAUGCGCAGCACAACCUGCUGAAUAUUGAACAAGAAUGGCGCCGUUCGUUCUGUGUGGCAUUAUUGACAAAAUUCGUCCCCUUUUUUGUUUGCUGAUGCGUUCGCGGAAUUCCCGAUCGGGAAAAGCUUUUUUUUUCUUUUCAUUCUUUUUCAAAUGUAUGUGAUGUGCGUGCGAGUCUUCGAAUGGGCGGAAGACGUUUCGUUGUGUGUCCUGCCACGACGACGAUGAGGAGCGUCACUCGUGAGUGGAUUGAUUUUAUGAUUGCUGUCGCCGAAAUAAUUCACGUCGUCGUUCGAAUGGUAAUGGGAGUUGUGAACCGUCAAUUCCGGUCGAUGGCUGCGGCCUUCAUGAGUUCGACACCAAAUACGGCAAAAAAAGAGAAAAGAUUAUGGUCAAUCAGUGUGUUCGCAGACUCUUGAGAGGGUGUCGAUGUCGAAUUGAAUGUUUACCUGAUGUACGACACACACACACACACACUCACUGAUUGUUGAUAUCGGAUCGUUCCACGAUUUGUUUUUCAUUUCCUUUUCAAAUUGAAUCGCAUGAUGAAAAGAUCUGUUUCUUUCGGGUCGGCAUUUUUCCUUCCGAAAGCCCGGGUUGCGGCGGAAGCAUGUUACAUAUUCGCCAAUCAUUUUCUUUGUCAUUUUUGUGUCAUCGUCGCUGUCGUCGUUGACAACUUGCGAGCGUCGAGCGAUUUUUUGCGGAGAAAGGGUAAAAAGAAGAACGGAAGAAAACAACCAUCCGCGCUACGAAGGAAAUGAAAGCGAACAUCUUUCGAACAAAA